GGUUACAACUUUGUACUUCCAUGGCUUCUCCUUUUCUCUUUCUUUCUCCUUCAAAUUCUUCCGUAACUUCCUCCUAGCUGCUCUUUGAGUUAAUCUUUCUUUCUUCCUUUAGAGAAUCAAGUUACUUUUGUUUGUGAAACUUAGCUGGAUUUCAAUUUUCUCCUGCAGGGUAUCAGAGUGUCCGGUUUCAACCCACGACAAAUUUCAAAUCCUUUGCGGAUUUACUGGCUUCUCUGAUCAAAACAGAGUUGCUGAUCAAGAAUUCAAGCGAUGGAAGCCUUUUCUGGGCAUGGAAAGGAGGAUGAUCAGAUCGAAUUGCCACCGGGAUUUCGAUUCCACCCGACGGAUGAAGAAUUGAUAACCUAUUACUUGUCGAAGAGAGUUCUCGAUAGGGAAUUCUCCGCUCGAGCUAUCGGAGAGGUUGAUUUGAACAAGGUGGAGCCGUGGGAAUUGCCACAUAAAGCGAAAAUGGGGGAAAAGGAGUGGUACUUUUUCUGCGUGAGGGACAAGAAAUACCCAACCGGUUUGAGAACAAACAGGGCUACGGCGGCCGGUUACUGGAAAGCCACCGGAAAGGAUAAGGAAAUUUUCCGUGGAAAAUCACUCGUUGGGAUGAAGAAAACGUUGGUUUUCUACACGGGCAGAGCCCCAAAAGGAGAGAAAACCAAUUGGGUCAUGCAUGAAUACAGAUUGGAAGGAAAAUUCUCUCUCCAAAAUCUCCCCAAAUCCACUAAGAAUGAGUGGGUGAUUUGUAGGGUGUUUCACAAGAGUUCUGGAGGGAAGAAAAUCCCGAUUUCUGGGUUAAUGAGAUUGAACCCUGUUGGGAAUGAAUUGGGUGCUAUUCUACCUCCCUUAAUGGACUCUUCGCCUUACGGCUUGAAAUCCGAGUCCGUUCACGUGUCCUGCUUCUCCAAUACGAUGAACAUUCACAAAAACAGCAACCAAGAUGUGUUCGACCAAGUAGGCAAUCCUCUGUUUGUUUCCACGUCGAAUUUCUCCGAUAUAUUACCGAGGAAUUCACUCCCCUAUCCGUUCUACUCGUCUCAAGGCGCUCUGAAUUAUCAAGCAAAUAUCCAAUAUCCAGGUUCUUUUUCGAUUCAAGACCUUGGAAACAAUGGACUGAACAUGAAACAGAGUCUAAAAACAGAGGAGAUGGUUAGUGUUUCUCAAGAAACAGGGUUGAGUACGGGAAAUUCCUCGGUUGUGUCCAAUUUGGUAAUGAGGAGGAGGCCAUUUGAAGAACAAGGGGCUCCAUCAGCUUCACUUGGACCAAUUGACCUUGAAAACAUUUGGAAUUAUUGAGAUUCAUAAAAGGAAAAAAAGGGGAAAAGCAUUAGGAGGGAAAAAAAAAGAUGAGAAGAAGAUUAGCUUGAAGAAGAGCUGCAGUUAGCAUUAUUGCCUGAAAAUGAUUGAAUAGAUAUAAUUUCUGAUAGACCAAAGGGAAACUGGAAUUAGCAAUGGAUCCAAUUAUGUAAGGGAUUGUUGUUUUGGUCCCAUCUAUUGUUCUUGAUGGUUAAAUUAUUAUGAAGGUAGUAUAAAAAUUUGCAUAA